GUCAAUCGUGAAGUUCUGGGGGAAGCUGCUUGGUCAACUCUUACUCAAAACUUUGGACAGACUUAUUUAACUGCAGUUUUUACAAGCUGAAUCUGUAGUCUCCUGACGAAUCCUGUUCGUACGGGUUACGUGGCUUCCAGUCGAGUGUGAAGUGGCGUUUAAAGUGCUCCUCAUGGCAUUAUUUUGGGCGAGAGAGCAGUAAUUAGCAGAGCCCUGUUGAUCAAAUCAGCCAGAGGUCGCAGAACUGCAGUGUAAGCGGUGGUCUCUCAGGACUGUAAGAUGACGGAGUAUAAGUUGGUUGUUGUGGGAGCAGGUGGUGUUGGGAAGAGUGCUUUAACCAUCCAGCUCAUUCAAAAUCACUUUGUGGAUGAAUAUGACCCUACUAUUGAGGACUCUUACAGGAAGCAGGUGGUGAUUGACGGUGAGACGUGUCUGCUGGACAUCCUGGACACUGCAGGGCAGGAAGAGUACAGCGCAAUGAGGGACCAGUACAUGAGGACAGGAGAGGGUUUCCUCUGUGUCUUUGCCAUAAACAACCUCAAAUCCUUCGCCGAUGUGCAUUUGUACAGAGAACAGAUCAAGCGCGUGAAGGACUCCGAUGAUGUUCCCAUGGUCCUAGUGGGGAACAAGUGUGAUUUGGCCAGAACGGUGGACACCAAGCAAGCUCAGGAACUUGCCAGAAGCUACGGCAUUGAGUUUGUAGAAACUUCUGCCAAGACCAGACAGGGAGUUGAGGAUGCUUUUUACACCCUCGUCCGUGAGAUCCGACAUUAUCGCAUGAAAAAGCUGGACAGCGGAGAAGAUGGGAAGCAGGGCUGUCUGGGCGUGUCCUGUGAAGUCAUGUGACUGCACUGCCUCCCCCUUUGUUUUAGUUUUUUGUUUUAUGACCAGGCAGCUGGAAGCCUCAUGACCGCGUGUGUGCGCAGAGUUCGCCCUCUGCUGGCUGAAAGGGAUUCAUGCACAACUGGUCAUCUUUCCUGUUGGCCUGCUGUUAUAGAAAAAUGAGGCCAUUGGACAAUUACGUGUUUCAACAGAGGCUCGUUUGUCUCAUUUAGUACUUGGGUUUUCCCUGUUCAUUGGGAAGAAAAAUGUAAACGGGCAUUGAGUUCUUCUUUCUUGACUUCUGAGCUGUUAUGAACACAGCACAUUGGUGUUGAUGUAAAUAAAUUCUAAAUUGCAAAAGGGUGCAUCUCAUAAAAACAUGGCCACGUUUCACCACAAAAUGUAAAGAAUAAUUAAGAAAUAAUAUUUUGAAGCUUUUUCCACAUUUUAACAUUUUCAUGGACAUCCCUCCCUGAAAUUCUCAUCUUAAUGCAUCCAAAUGUUUUAUUUGUAAUUCCCAUUAUUCUCAUUGGUGAUACCCAUUGUUGUGAUGCAGUACAUUUUACUGUAAUAUGAUGCUUUCUUUUAACAGGCCUAAAGGCAGUCGAACACCUACUACUAUGGUGCAUACAUAUUUCAGUUUUUUCUCUGAGAAUUAGAGGGAGAUGUGCAUAAUUGUCAACAAAUAUGUGACAAAAAUGCAAAAACUCGUAAUAGUCCUAUAAAUAGUAUUAAUAUUGUUUACCCAAAAUACAAUUUUGUAUUUGUUCUUUUAAUUUUUAGGGGGAAACCUGGA